UUCGUUUCUUUUAUGUUGAGGGGUGAACGAGUGUGAUUAUGGCGUAGAAAGUGUAGAAUUUAUUUUUACAUUUUGUAUAUAAUUGUUUUACUUUGAACGCUAAUCUGAAUCGGAUUUAAGCAUUUUAUCUAGUAAAUAAGUUUCUACAACGUGCCGUUGUAUGUUUGACCACCCGUGAGAAGUUAUAAUCGUCUUUUUUGUUUUUCAACAUAUGUUGAAUACGUUGUGUGAUUGUGCAUGUGCUAAUUCACAAACCAAAAUGCAUCUUACAAAUAUUUCCGGAUCCACUGGAAUUUCUCACAAGGAAUCUAGAAGUCAUUCAGCUCAAGGGCUUUCGAGAACUGUCUCUAGUCCAGCCAUGAAAAUACCAUUGCCACCUCGUUUGUGGAUCACAGAUAUAGAAAAUGAGUCAUCAGAUGAUAUGGAAGACAUUGAGAGGGAUGACGGGGUGUUCACUGCAGAGCGAACUCGUGUCAGAUCGCGCUACCGACACAAGCAGCGAUCUGUAGCCAACAUCCCCCUUGGUAUAUUUUGGGACAUUGAAAAUUGUCAGGUCCCUCGUGGAUGUUCCGCAAUCGAUGUAGUAUCAGCAAUUAGGAAUAAAUUUUUGACUGGUCGUAGGGAGGCUGAUUUUGUUGUAGUAUGUGAUGUGCGGAAAGAGUCUUCUAAUAGACUUCAAGAACUGAAUGAUGCACAAGUGAGCCUUAUUCAUGUGUGUUGCACACAAAAAAAUGCUGCAGACGAGAAACUAAGACAGUGCAUGAGAAGAUUUGGAGAGUUGCAUUUGGCUCCUGCAGCUCUUUUACUAAUCUCAGGGGAUAUUAAUUUUGCAGCCGACUUGAGUGACUUUAGACAUAGGAAAAACAUGGAAGUGAUAUUGGUGCAUAAACAGAAUACAUCGUCGGCCUUAAUAUCAUGUGCCUCUUCUCAUUAUUGUUUUAAUGAGUUGACCGCACACCUGCCGAGAAACCCAAAGACUUUAAGCCAAACCGAGGAUGAUGAGCCCGACACGUGCGUGAUAGAAGUGGUGAACCUGCCGAAUGAUCAUCCCCCCGAAAAGGUGUCCCGAAGGCUCAAGAGGUUGGCCGACAACUGUGGGGGAAAAGUGCUUAGGGUGACGGCGCCAACUGCCUUGUUGAAGUUCCCGACGCUCAUUCAUACUAUGAGAGCAUUGAAGCGUAUGGACGGAGAGGAUGUAUUCGGUAGGAAAAUAAGUACUCGCUACGCCCGCAACGCUUUUCAGCCGGCGUAUUCUAGUGAUGAGGGCUAUAGCACUGCGGCGUCUCAACCGCCAGUAAGAGCGUUCGUGCCGCCCCCACGCCCGCCGUUAUGCCCAUCGCCUCGCGAUAUCCCGGCCAGUGCUCAAAGCAUCGCAAACGAGUGGGCGUUAGCGCUGCAGCAGCUACCUGCGCAUGCGCUCGAGUAUCAGCCGCAACACAAACCGAGGAAGAUCAGGGGCACGCAUGGUUCAGUCAGCCUCGACCGUUCCGGCUGCUCAUCAAGUAAUAGUGGAGACGACAGCCGUCGGGAAAAUAGCCAGAGCCGAGCGAUGUCUCCUUGGAAUUCUUCUAGCGUGAGCGAGCAAAGCGAGGCGGAGGGCGAGUCUACGGCUGAACUCAGCGUGUCUAAUCUACCGCCGUACGAACCGCAAGUCUUACAGGAGAUGUUAACCCUCCUAUUCAGUCAAUACGUCCCAGUGGUUCGGGUGUCCAUCUGGGCAGCAGGCGAGGGUCCCCAAGCCACCAUCGUGCUGCGCUCAGAAUGGGACGCCCGCCUCGCCAUCGCCCGCAUCCAUAAACGACGUCUCGACAACCAGUGGACCGGACGCAGGCUCGAACUGUCCCUUGGCAAGCCGUCCCCAGCACCAAAUCUAGAUGUCUUAAGGGCUAGACUGCGAGCGAUCUUACUCGACCAGAAGAACUACUCCCUACCGUUACUACGCUUACGUGACGCGUACGCGAGCAGGCAUUGCUGCGCCUUAACUACUUCCGAUAUCGCCAAAGUGAAAGAUACUGUGAUAAUCCACGAGGGUUUCGGACGCAUGGUCCAACUAGUCAAUUUAACCCCAGUGUCGAGCGCUGAAAUGGAAGCGGCGCCUUGGAAGUGCCAUAUUCAUGCGUCUUUGAGCACCGGUCACGAAGAUGGUAGCCGCAUUUUGCAACCAGUGUAUAUGGAAGUGGCGGCUUUGGCCAACAAUAUGCAUGUGCUGUUGGAGAAACAUGGAGGGGUGCUGCCUUUGUUAACGCUGGUAGAGUGUUACGAAGCGACCUUCGCGCCUUUACUAGUGGAUUCCCGGCGGGGCGUAGCCCUAGAGUUGUUGCUGCGGAGCGUGCCCACUCUAGAGGUCAAAGACAGUCCUUCCAGGCACCUCACCUGGCACUCUGAGAGCGACACGCCGCCUCACAACAAUGAUAGUUCUCGUUCGAGUGGCGAACGCGAGCGGCCGCGCACCGCACCUGCUCUGGAGCCCAUGCUGGCGUUGUUCGAGCGGGAACUCAUUGAUUUGCUGAGAACUGCCCCAAGAUGCACCAUCGCUUUUAGCAAACUCAUUCCAGCUUUUCAUCACCACUUCGGCCGGCAGUGCCGAGUGGCCGAUUAUGGAUUCACCAAGCUUCCAGAUUUACUCGCCGCUCUAAGCAAUGCGAUUGUUGUACUCGGCUCCGGUUCAUCCCGUGUAAUAACGAUAUCCGCGGCGGCUCAGGGCCGGCGAUGGACGUCCGAUCUCGUGAAGCUACUGAAGGCCGCGCCCAACCGUUCUGUUUCUCCCCGCGAUAUACCAGAACUGUACCAGGCUACGUUCGGAAGGCCGUUCACCCCAGUCGACUAUGGAGUCUGUACUUUAGCGGAGUUGGUGCAAAGAGUAGCCCCCCAAGCUGUGAUAGUAGAUGUAGACGGAACGUUGUCGCUGCCUCGUAGGACUCCCACGCCGGAAGAAAGGGGGCGCACUGUACAGUUUGCUAUGGAGGCUGUAGAACUCCUCUGCUACACUCCGAACCUCCGCAUGGAAUUCUCUCGUUUCGUGCCCGCCUACCACGCCCACUUCGGCCGUCAACUCCGCGUGGCGCACUACGGUUGCGUCAAGUUGGUAGAACUGUUCGAGCUGAUACCGGAAGCGGUGUCUAUAUACUCGGAGGCUAGCGGGGAGAGGAGUGUGCGGUUGGCAGUACGAGCGGCGAGGGCGGUGAUGGCGCAGAGGUUGAGGGCGAUUACGCCGGUGUCUAUGGCCGAUUUGCCUCAACAGUACGCAGCUCAUUUCGGCGCGCCGCCGUUGCCGGACGUGCUAGACAUGUCGUCUCUGGAAAUGCUUGUGUACGCGGCCGGCGGCUGCAUCGAGGGCGGCGUGGCUCGCGGUGCGGGCUCGGCGCCGCGCUGGGCGUCCGCCGCGCUCGCCGCCUGCGCCGCGCUCAGCGCCGACCGCAGCGUCGCCAGAGGUUCAACCGAAGAAUACUUCACGUCGGCAUUCCGCCGGAUGCGCUCGGCGGAGCCAGAUGUCGGCUGCCUGGUGGCGUCAGGCGUGGUGGAGGUAUGCGACCGACGGAUCCGUCUGACGCCCGCCUGGCGGAUCGUCUGGCGGUUGGCGCAGGUAUUCGCAGAACGAACUACGCCGAUGCUAGCUAAUGAAGUGCUGGCAGAGUAUACGAAGAGAUUCGAACCUGUUUUCCCUAACUCUGAGUUGGGUAUAAACGGCAUAGUGGAGUUCCUCCGGCAAUACGUCGAGGUGUUCUCCGAGACGUGCGGGCAGUGGUCGCUGUGCGCCGGCGUGGCGCUGCCGCGGCCGCGCGACGCGGCGCCCGCGCACGAGGACUACUCCGUGCACGACACGCCGCCCGGCCAGAAGGGAUCCCGCGUGUUUGAAUCGCCAAAAAUAAAUAUAUGGUGCUCCCCUCCAGCCAGUGCCCUGCCGCCGCCGACUUCAUUGCUCACACAAGAGAAGCGUCGAACUCGAUUGGCGGCACAUUUCGACGCGUCGUAAAUUCUCCAUUCCCACCUUAAAUACUACCUACUUAAUGAUGCAUUCCUAACCUGAGCGAGUGAAGUUUGCAUGUGUGUGUCAUCAGAAGCACCGAUCUGUACCCAGGGUCGCAACGAAUUUUAUCUCUUAGACUUAUAAAGUGUCCUAAAUAUUGUGAUGUCUAUAACAAUAAUGUUUUAGAUUGCGUAUAUUUUUGUGUGUGUUAUUUAGAUUAAGAAAUUCGGCGCAUUCGUAAAAUGUUAUUACAAUAUUGUUUACCUAGUAGGAUAUUUAAAUCGAACAACGAUAUCACUACUCGACCGUGACCAGAAGAUGCUUGUGUAUUUUAAAUUUCAAAUGAACUACCAUUACAUAGAAACAAAAAUACUUAAAUUUUAAGACGUAACAGUGGGUCUAGUGCAAUGUGAAAAAAUAGACAAGCGUCUCUUAGCUGUGGUGGGGUAAGCGACAUUUUUUCAGUAAUAUUCCCGCCAUUUGUAAUACUGGACAAGUAUGUUACCUACAUUUUAUUUUACUUGACAACCAAAUGAUUGCUCUACUAUAAUAAAAUUACUUAUUCCCUAGGAUCUUAGUCUUUCUUUGCUAUUUAAUUUUAUUUAAGAAUGGUUAGAAUUGAUGUUAUAUUUUCAUAAAAUCUAAUCAAUCUUUUAUUUUAUUCUUUGACAUUUAUUAUAAUUUAGGUUUAAAUACGUAAAUGAGGACUGAAAGAUAAACUGUUAUGAUUCCAAAAAUGAUGGAUAUACUUUUUAUCAUUUCUGGAAAUUAUAACAAAAUGUACAUACAUAUCAUUUUAGGGUUCGAGGCUCAAUCUUAUUUUAAGAAUAGUGAAUAAGUUUUUACAUUUAUCAAUAAUUAUGCUAGCAAGCACUAAUAACAUUUUCCGAAUGCCAAAGUACAAUAAAUCAGACAGUGUUGUAUUUUUUUGUCUAAAAUGUAUUAUUUAAUAUGAUGAUCUCUGUUGAUUUUUAAUGCGCAUGCGAUUAGCUUACUUGGUUUAAUUUAAGGAGUAAAUAAGUGUUGUCAAUAUACAUAAGUAUUACUUCGCAAUCCUAGUAAUAUCAAUUUCGAAUUUAUUUUAUGUAAUUUUAGAUGAAGUUUACAUCAUAAUGAAUGAACUUCAAAUCUCUUUUGUGAAGUGCAAUGAGCUCGGUAUUUUAGCAAAGUUGCGAACUGGCCUUACGACAGUCACCUCACAGCUGAGUCAAUUAAAGACGAUCUAAUCUUUUAUAAUGAUAUUUCCUGUAGAAAUAGAUCAUUGCUAUGAUGGAAUAUGCUUGUGUCUAUUGAAAUUAUAGUAGUUCAUUAGUACAAGUUUGUAAAAUCUCUUAGUUCCACAUUGAUAUAUUCAUCAAGUAAAAAUGACGGAUUGCCUAUAUUUGUUACUUUUUGGGAGUCUGUAUUGCAAUCGUAAUUUAUUAUCUAUAUAGAUACUUUCAAAAAGUAUUACUUUAUUAAUGUAUCAUAUUUUAUAUUACAUUCAUAUAGAUGUCGUUAACGUAACGAAUUAUGAUCAUACAUGAGUGGAUUGAAUUUUUUUUAUUAGAAUAAAUAGCGAUUGUAUACAGUUAAGUUUUAAACAUUUGAUAAAACAUUAAUUGAAUAUAAGACGACAAAACUAUGAAUCUGAUGUACAUAAUAUUUUGUAACUCAUUUAUAUAGCAUAGAUACAACGGUCUGAUAUUUGUUCAAAAAGACUGUUGUAAUAUUGUAUGUUUUCUUAUAUUUAGUUAUGUUCUUUCGUUCUAACUUCACGACUUGGUCGUACAUUAUUAGGUAUAUUAAUAAUUGCGUUGUAUCAAUAUGGUCAAUUUUAUAAACAAGUCCAAUAUACAAAUAUAUUUUUAUUGUUUUUAAGAUUUUUAUAAGAUUCUAAAUAAUAUUUCAAAUGGUUUCACAAAUGAAGAAUCUAGGCAUCAGCCCCUGUGAUACUCGUGUACCAAUGAAUGCCAAUCUAAAAUAUUGUUUUAGUACAUAAUAAACUAUUUGGUAAGUAAUUUAAAUAAAUAUCUUUAUUUAUGUAUAUAGUGUACAUAAUUUAUUUUGUGAUUAAUGAUUAAGAAUCAGUACAAAAUGUAAUAAAUGAAUGGCUUUAAUAAAUUAAAAUCCGCCAUUUUUUCUUAUAAUGUGGAACGUCGACAUUUUUUAGUAAAACAGUAGCUUGGUUUUAGAUAAUGUCACAUAGGCAGGGCCUUUGCAGCAUUUGGUCAAUAGUAUACUAUUUUUAAUCCAACUGAUUCCCUUUUUGGAAUUGAUAACUCUGCCAGUCCGCAUUUGUUAAUCUUAACGGUCCAAUAAAUGUCCAAGUCAAAAAAUGUGUACCUACUUUUGCGAUUGUUACAAUUUCUGUGAAGCUUUUCGACAUGUUAUAUAUAUUUUUCUAAAUUAAAGCAUAUGAAUAGCGAAUAUAUAUGAUUUGAAGAUGUCUUUCACGAUUGAUUUUCUUAAUAUGAUUUUAUUUUUAUGACCAAUAAUAAAGUACAGCUCUUUUUGUAAAAAUUUAAUAUUGUUUCAAAACUGGAUGAGAAACAAAUAUAUUGAAGAUUUAAGACUGUAGUAAAUUAUAUAGUUCAUAGUAUGUCCCAUUUUACUUUUGUGACCAAUAAAAAGUUCAGAAUUAAUAAUAAGGUAGUUUUAAGAUUUCAAAAUAACGUAGAGAUGUUGGUAUAAUUUUAUUGUACAUCUUCGUAAUUCUGUGAUCAUUAAUUACUUGUUGUUGUUCCAACGUAGUAGUAGUGUAUCAAUUCAAGUAGUCUUGUCAGUAUUGCAUGAACAAAAACUAAUGAUGGAAUAAAUGUUAUUUUUUCAA